GUCAUCCUGGUGUGUUGUUACUUCCCUUUGUACCCCCUAGAUUUAGAAGGGAACGUAACAUGGGGGCUCGUCCAAUCUUUCAGAAAAAGAGUGAGUAUUUGUUUGUGGUUUAGUGUGUUUGGUAGCAUUGACUUCCUCAGUUUAGACAGGGGAGUGUCUAGCUGGGCUGAAUCAGUCCUUCCUUCAGGCACUCAUUUUUUAUUUUGCCUUUUUUAUUUUCGGGGUAAUCCUGGGUGGGGAUUUAUUCCCUGUUGGGGGCAGGCGAUUCAGGGUUUCGGCCGCUGAUGUUUGCCUUUAAAGUCGCCUCGAGCCCGGCACGCCCCAGAAGAUAGUUAGGUAAGUUUGGUAGGCAGGAUCUGGGGAAGUUUGUAAAUAAAUAAAUAAUAAUAUUGUAAGUAGCCGUUGCUAAGGAUGGCUUUUGUUUUGGAGCAGUUUGUGGCCAGUCCUACUGUGGGGCAGCUAGACUGCUGUAGGAAGGUUGAUUUGCGGUUAGUUGCUGACCAUUAUCACGUUUCUGUCUCCUCUGCUCUGGUAAAAAGUGAACUCAAGGCUACUUUGAUAACUGGACUAGUUGAACAGGGGGUUUUGAGGCGGCCUACUUUAGUGGAAUCUCCUGGCACGAUGGUUCAGAGUGCUACGGAACAGGCAAACAUUUUCACCACACCUCAGUUUGACUCGGUUUCGGCAGGAUCCUCACCUACGGGGUCUAAAUUAGAUGCCAGGGUAAAAGUGCGUAUGGCUAUUCUCCAGUGUGAGAGGGAGGAGCGUGAGCGAGAGUUUCAGCUCAGGAGGGAGCUGGAGAUCAGGAAGCAGGAGCAAGAGCUGGAGAUCAGGAAGCAGGAGCUGGAGCUGGAGAUCAGGAAGCAGGAGCUGGAGCUGGAGAUCAGGAAGCAGGAGCUGGAGGCAGACACUGCUGUCCGGAUGCGUCAGCUAGAGCUCCAAGCAGCUGUGGUGGGUGAUUCUGCAGUUACACCUUCUGGUCCUGCUGCCUCCUUUGACGGUAUCAUUGAGCGUCUGAAUGCUGGGGAGGUGGUGAUUGGCGACGGAGGCUUUGUGUUUGCUCUCGAGAAGAGAGGCUAUGUGAUGGCCGGGCCAUGGACUCCUGAGGCUACUGUCACACACCCUGAGGCUGUGCGGCAGCUGCACAGGGAGUUCCUGAGAGCAGGAUCUAAUGUCAUGCAGACAUUCACCUUCUACGCCAGCGAUGACAAACUGGAGAACAGGGGUCAGAGCUUAAAAAUCGCUGGGACACAAAUUAACGAGGCAGCCUGUGACCUGGCACGAGAAGUCGCCAGUGAAGGAGAUGCAAUGGUAGCUGGUGGAGUGUGUCAGACUCCUUCCUAUCUGAGCUGCAAGAGUGAGAUAGAAGUAAAGGCCAUCUUCAAGAAACAGCUGGAGGUGUUCUUGAAGAAGAAUGUGGAUUUCCUGAUUGCUGAGUACUUUGAGCAUGUUGAGGAAGCAGAGUGGGCUGUGCAGGUGCUCAAGGCCAGUGGAAAGCCUGUGGCUGCUUGUAUGUGCAUCGGACCAGAUGGAGACAUGCACGGUGUCUCACCAGGAGAGUGUGCCGUCAGGCUGGUGAAGGCUGGUGCCCAGAUUGUGGGAAUCAACUGCCACUUUGACCCUGAAACCUGCGUGAAGACUGUGAAGUUGAUGAAGGAGGGAGUGGAGAAGGCGCAGCUGAAGGCUCACUACAUGGUGCAGCCUCUGGCAUUCCACACCCCAGACUGCAGCUGCCAGGGAUUCAUCGAUCUGCGAGAAUUCCCCUUUGCCUUGGAGCCCAGGAUCCUGACCCGCUGGGACAUGCAUGCGUAUGCCAGAGAGGCCUACAAGGCUGGCAUCCGCUUCAUUGGAGGCUGCUGUGGGUUUGAGCCUUACCACAUCAGGGCUAUAGCUGAGGAGCUGACCACUGAGAGAAGGAUCCUUCCCCCAGCCUCAGAGAAACAUGGAAUGUGGGGUUCUGGUCUAGAAAUGCAUACCAAACCCUGGGUCAGAGCCAGGGCUCGUCGUGAUUACUGGGAGCACAUCGCUCCCGCAUCCGGACGUCCCAAGUGCCCGUCCUUGUCCACACCGGAAGGCUGGGGUGUGACCAAGGGCCAUACUGAGCUCAUGCAGCAGAAAGAGGCCACCAGCAGUCAGGAGAUAAAGCAUCUGAUGGAGAUGCAGAAGAAGGCCAAGUCAUCUGCAUGAGCAAGACGAGGAAACCGAGGCACCCAUACCUGCAGUUUGUCAACAAGAGAGCGACGGGGGAAGGAGGGAAGUCUU